AUGUUGUGCAACAAUAUGAUUUACUUAGUGGCGAUGAAAAUAGAGAGUUGUCCUAGAAGAUUGUGCAAGCACAGCCGACUGUGCCAGGCCAUCCACAGCCGAGAAGUGCGGGUUGCACGUAUGAAAAUUUCAAAGAAAAAGAUUGAGAAACAUCUGAACAAAAGAAUACCAAUCAGCUUUUUGCAGGAGCGUAACAUUUACAAGAACGAGUGCAGUGAUUUCAAGAGGUUCCAUAGAAUCGUAGAAAAAAUCUUAAAGUAUAGGAAGAAUCACUACGGCACAAUGGUAUGCGAUGGAUUUUCUUCCAAAUUGAUGCCGGCUGCAGUCAAACUGCAUUUUUUUCUGAGGAGAAGGCUGUUGGAAACAAUACUUAACAAAUGA